AUGUCUCGCUUUAUACCCCCUCGCGAAUCCAGCAUCGAUCUGGAUUCCCCUGACCGCCCAUUCGACAAUAUCAUCAACUUCCGUGAUGUUGGACGGACAAUUAACAGGUUAAUGGGAAGACCGGUUUUGAAAGAGGGUGUGUUUUACAGGAGUGCAAGGCUCGAUGAAGCUUCAGAACGAGACAAACGCCGUCUCGUGAGCGAAUACCACAUCUCAACAAUCAUUGAUCUUCGAUCCGGAACAGAACACGACAUGGCAACUGCUAAACGCAGCGCCUGUACACCCAUACCACCACCAAAAGCACCCGCAGAAACAGAAUCGGAGACAGGCACUGAAGAACCAAAAUACAUCCACCUCCCGUCUCUCCCAGGCGUCUCGCGCCACCUGAUCAGUCUUACGGGUCGAGCACUCGAACGAGCCCUCGUAUGGCGACUGGAUUGGUGGAAUUUCAUAAAAGUCCUCUCAUAUCUAGCCUCCGGCAACCGUAUAGAUGCAAUCACUCUAAUCGGGAGAGAAGUGAUGAAUCCGCGCGGGCUAGUCGGGCUAGCCAAGGACACGUUGGACAAUAGCACGGCGGAGAUGAGAGAGGUGUUUGAGAUCCUGGGGGGCGGGACUGCUGCAUCUCUGUCUACUCGGGGAAACGAGAACGAGAACGAGACGAGAACCAUCCCUGCCCCUGUUCUCGUCCACUGCACCCAAGGCAAAGACCGCACGGGACUAGUCGUUCUGCUGCUGCUGCUGCUUACGGGCGUCGUGGACGACGAGGCCAUGGCGGCGGAGUAUGUGCUUUCGGAGUCGGAGUUGGCUGUGGAGGGUGAGGAGCGCAUGAAGGAGAUCCGGGCGUUGGGGCUGGAUGAUGAGUUCGCGAGGUGUCCGGGGGUGUUUACGCGGGAGGUCGGGGCGUAUUUGGAUGAGCGGUAUGGAGGCGUGCAGGGGUAUUUGGGGGGGGUUCUUGGGGUUGAUGUUGAGAGGUUGAGGGGGCAUUUCGUUGUUGUUUAG